CGACUACGCAGGUUCCUCGAGCAUUCGUUUCUGUUCGCGGUUUUCGGUUGUGCGGUGGUAGAAAAUUCCGCUGGAGGAAGAGAUUUGCUUCAGAGGACAGGUUCAGUGCAUCGAAAAAAACACUUGAGAUAUCACCCUUGAAACUACUGUUUUGUAUUGAAUCCUGAAAAGGUUCAUCAUAUUAAACACUGGGGAAAAUGCAUUCUUUGUCUGUGAUGGAAUUUUUGAAAUAAUUGCAUAUUGGCACAUUUUAUCUGCUACUGGAUAUAAACAUCUUCUGUUCUGCUUCCAGUUUUGAAAGCAGCAUGGCAGGUUUUAAACGUGGAUAUGAUGGAAAAAUUGCUGGGCUAUAUGAUUUGGAUAAAACAUUGGGCAGGGGCCACUUUGCAGUUGUGAAACUUGCUCGCCACGUUUUCACUGGAGAAAAAGUAGCAGUGAAGGUCAUUGAUAAAACAAAAUUGGACACUGUAGCUACAGGGCACUUGUUCCAGGAGGUACGAUGCAUGAAACUUGUGCAACAUCCCAACAUUGUCCGUCUGUAUGAAGUGAUUGACACUCAAACCAAACUUUAUCUCAUUCUGGAAUUGGGAGAUGGAGGUGAUAUGUAUGAUUACAUCAUGAAACAUGAAGAUGGUCUUAGUGAAGAUUUAGCAAAGAAAUACUUUGCACAGAUAGUGCAUGCAAUAUCCUAUUGCCAUAAACUACAUGUUGUUCACAGAGACCUUAAGCCAGAAAAUGUGGUUUUCUUUGAACAACAAGGAAUUGUAAAACUUACAGAUUUUGGGUUUAGCAACAAGUUUCAACCUGGAAAGAAGUUAACAACAAGCUGUGGGUCUCUUGCGUAUUCUGCCCCAGAGAUUCUUCUCGGCGAUGAGUAUGACGCACCUGCAGUAGAUAUCUGGAGCCUGGGAGUUAUACUUUUCAUGUUGGUAUGUGGCCAACCUCCAUUUCAAGAGGCAAAUGACAGUGAGACACUUACCAUGAUUAUGGACUGCAAAUAUACAGUACCAUCCCAUAUAUCCAAAGAAUGCAAGGAUCUUAUUAAUCGGAUGCUGCAGAGGGAUCCUAAGCGAAGAGCUUCAUUGGAAGAGAUAGAGGACCACCCCUGGCUUCGAGGUAUUGAUCCCUCGCCUGCAACCAAGUGCAACAUCCCUCUCGUCUCUUACAAGAAUCUCUCUGAGGAGGAGCACAAUGGCAUUAUCCAACGCAUGGUGCUUGGUGAAAUAGCUGACCGAGAAACCAUUGUUGAGGCCUUGGAAAGUAACAAGUACAAUCACAUCACUGCCACUUACUUUUUGCUGGCUGAGAGGAUCUUAAAGGAAAAACAAGAAAAAGAAGUCAGGAACCGAUCUCCCAGUCCAAGCCAUAUCAAAGCUCAGUUCAGGCAGUCCUGGCCUACAAAAAUUGAUGUGCCUAAGGAUAUUGAAGACAUCACAGCAUCACCCAUCAUCCAUCCUGUCGUCUGUUCACCAGCUCGCACAGCAGAAUCUAUUAUUAAUGGGCACCGAAUGAAAUCUAACGAACCAGUAAAGAAAGAAGAGCCGUCAAUUGUUGGGUCAGCUGGAAAGACUGGUGCAAGCAGUAGGACAUGUCUGUUCAGAGUAGAGGAGGAUGAGGAGGAGGAUGAUGAUGACAAAAAAGCAGCUCCUCUUCCUACUCAAGUGGUUUUGCGACGUAAGCCUUCUAUAACAAAUCGGCUUACAACCAGAAAGAGUGCUCCUGUGCUUAAUCAGAUCUUCGAGGAGGGAGAAUCCGAUGAUGAUUUCGACAUGGAUGAAAACCUGCCUCCCAAACUCAGUCGGCUGAAGAUGAAUAUAGCUUCUCCAAGCACAGUACACAAACGGUACCACAAACGAAAAAAUCAAGGGCGGGGUUCAAGUUGCAGCAGCUCAGAAACUAGUGAUGAUGAUUCAGAGAGCCGCAGACUUCUGGACAAAGAUGGAGGAUUCACUUACUCCUGGCAUCGCCGUGACAGUGGCGAGGGACCUCCAGGAAGUGGAGGGGAUGGAAGCGGACAAGGCAAACCGAGUGAUGGUAAUGCCGGCCUUGACAAGAGCAGCUCCAGUGAUGGCAACAAAGGUGGGAGCAGUCCUUCCAAUGACUCCAGUGGGAGCACCAACAAUACAGGAACAACAACUCGCAGCUGUACAAGCCAAGGAUAUACAUCCCAGUCCAAAGCUGCGGAGGAUUUGAUGGAGAGUCUGAAGCUGAUGAGCCUCUGCCUGGGGUCACAAUGGCAUUGUGGAAAUGGCAGCAGGUACAUCAUUGAACCAACUUCAACGAUUUGCAUUCAUGAGAAAUCAACCUGGAAAAUGUGCAUCACUUCUAGCAAUAUUAUGGAGCGAGUUUCCCCCUCCUGCAGCAGGAACUUCUAUUCUAACCAAAUGGCUGACCUGCUGAAUGAGCUGGAAAUGUCAAAAGAGAACAACAUGAACUUGAAAAACAAUGUUCUACAGCUACCUCUCUGUGAGAAAACUAUUUCUGUGAAUAUUCAGCGAAACCCUAAGGACGGUUUGCUGUGUUCCUCCAGUCAGACCAGCUGCUGUCAAGUUAUUUAAAUAGUUUGAGUCUGUUCUAACUGUUGUCCUUGCUGGUUAUGGGUUGUGACUGACUUAGCACAGUGAAAUACCCUUUUUCAGUCUUGAACUUUUAAAUGGGCUUUGAGAGUUAUUUAUUGCUGUUUCGAAUUUUUGUUUAAUACCUUGACAAUGCAUGGUCUUUGUGCAUGCUGCUUGCUACUACUUUAAUUUCCCAACAAGAAAAACAUGAGCUGGGCAGAAUUUUAAUAUCUGUAUUAAUGUAAGAUUUUACCAUCACUUUUGUUGUGUUUAAUGAAGCUAAAUGCAAUUAAAAUAAACAGAGCACUUUGUAGCUCCAGAUAUAGCACUUAAGGGAGAAUCCAACAAAUCUGUUAUUUAAACCAUCUGAUCAAAAAAGGCAGGUUAACUGGCAUGCUCCAGUGCAUCUGACAGAAAAGAAUCAAAGCAAUAACUGAAAUAUUACAGCUCCUGUAUAAGAAUUUUUAAUAUUCCAAAGCUGAUGAACAGCUCUCUACAGUACAGCUGUUGCUGAGGAGUCAUAACAUUUAUGCAGUGAGGUCACAUCAGUACCAGUUGGUCUGCAUUGACUCAAACUCAGGAUCAGGCAAACAAACAGGAACUUAAGGUGCUAUAAAUGGACAGAGAUGGUGGUAAGUUAUUCUGUCACUGCUUAAGGCAUAAUGCUGCCCCUUUUAAUGGAGAAAGCACUAUAUUCAGUUAGCCUGUCUCUUAGUCUAGUUUGCAGUUGCUUGUUCUGUCAGCUUGAUGGGGUAAGCUAUGUGAUGUGACUGGAAAUAUGAAACAAAGUUGUAUUGUCUCUUGCUGUCCAAUAAGAUGUAACCUGUUGGGAGGACAAGUGUUAGUGUAUAUUUUUUAAAAAUAUGAAUUACAUGCUGCUUAUGUGUUGCAGUGUAAGGUUUGAAAUUCUGCCCACCUACUUCCUGUUGUUAAAGGGAAUGAUCUAUAGGUGUCUGCAGAUUAACAUUUCAACACCCCAGACAAAAAUUGAUGAUGAUCCGUAGUGGGGUGGUCAGUAGUGAUUGAAUCCAAAUAGAAAAUGGUUUGUAACUAGAACGUUUUACAGAGAUUGCCCACAGAAUGUUUUCUGUUAAAUUUAGUGGGGAGUAAAAAAAUUAAACCCUUUCUAAUCCAUCAAUGAACCAUCUGUGUUUCAAUAUGUAAUAGCUAUUGGAUUUACUGUCUUCAGGGUUGUCAUCCCUAACUUCAUGGACAUUGGAGAACUCUAAUUUUGCUUCCCUAUAAUGUAGAUCUGUGUGAUUUGCAGGAAAUAAACUUCCAGGCAGCCAAAGUCAUGGAAGCAUGCUCCAAAUGAAACACUGCCUUGGAAAUGGAGUGGGUUAGUCACUUACACAUGUAUCAGCAUUCCAGUUUUUAAUAAUCUGAUUUUAACUGUGGAGACAUAUAAAUAGUGAAGGAAUUCACAGCAGUUAUGUAGUUGCAGCUAAGUUAAUGUAUCAUUGUAAAUAGUUUGUAUUUUAUGAUGUAUAGCCUUGUGAUAGCACCUUUUAGAAUUCUCCUACCCUGUGCAUUUGUACAAGAACUGUAAAUAUUUGUGUAUACAUGGUACUGAGGGUAACAGCAGUGGCUAUGUACAGCUGUCAGUUGUAUUAGAUUAAUGUAGGUGGAAACACCCAAUGUUAAACAUGUAUGUAUUCUGGAUAGAGUUGUCCCAAGUAAUUGAUUGUGCAUGUGUUAUAUGUUGUGAUGCAUCGUUUGGUGCAAAGAACAGAAAGAGUAACCACUACUUUAUGAAUGUUAUUGGACCAAAUAAUGUAAUAGUCUAAAAACGUGGCAUCUCAUGCUCCAACCUGUCCUUAAAUUGAUAUAUUCACAUCUGAAUAAAAGUGUGGCUGACUUAUAAUCAA